AUGUAUGUGGACCAUCAAUUCCGAUUAGAAGAAGAACAAGUUCAUCUAGAUGAUUGGGGAUAUUUAGACUUUACGCUGAUUGAUACACCACCUGGUGCAUCCGAUGAGAUAAAACAUUUAUCAAUUGCACAAUAUCUUAAAGAAAGCGGAAUAGAUUGUGCAAUUAUAAUUACGGCACCACAAGAAGUAGCAUUGUAG